UAAAAUAUUUUGUAAUUGUAAAGAAAAUGGCACAAACCCCGGAUGUAUAUCAGUGUCAACUGUGCUGCCGUUUUCACGCUCUGCAAACCUGCGCAUGUUUUCGAGAGAUGAGCGUGGCCGAUCGCAUAGAAGCUGUCCGCUUUUAUAAAUAUUGCAUGAACCCAUCUCAGAAUAGCUGGAGAAUAUGUAAAUUGGGUCAUCACACGCUUCUUCACCGCCCAACUACCAAUUUCACUGGGGAACGCAAACCAGCUCAACAUGCUGUGGGACGCAGAUCGAAACGCGAGACAGAAUGUCGCUCUACGGCAAUGAAGAUGUCGAAGUUUCGUUAUCAAGGAAACCCAAUGCCGUUUCGCGUAUCGAGUUGAAUCGCCUGGUCACCACGGCAUUCACAUCGCUGCAGCAGCUAGACAGCCUACUAAAUGUUGCACCCGUGCAAGGGCAGCGGCAUGUCGACGAUGAAGGAGAGCGAGGUGGCAACCUCAUUUUAUUCGACUAGUUUCUAAGAUUCCUCUAAACAAAAAUCCUCCAAAAAAAGUUGAUCUUGUAUAAACUCGCUGAAUUAACUAUUGAAUUGUGAACUGAAAUUGAAAUGUAAAAAGCUACAAGAAUAUAUAAGCGCGACCGUCUUACAGCACAGACGUGCCUUUGAGUCUACUCCACUUUUAUAAUCAACUCGAUUUACUUAUAAUAUUUAGUACAUUUGUACCUCUGUAUUUUGAAUUCAUUAAAU